AUGAUCAUCACGCAGUCUCAAUCUAUGGCUGACUCGCCGACGCCUGUCCGAAUCCAUUAUUCCCAGGCAGAAGGUGCAGCUCAGGCUGUCGACCCUGGCAAAGUUCUCGUGUCUUUCCUCGUCUCUCCGAUCAACCCACAAGAUUUGCUAGUCAUUGCAGGUCGAUAUCCCGUGAAACCAUCUUACACCCACGAUGGCGAGCCCGUUUUGGGCUACGAUGGCGUCGCGCGAGUUGAGGUCAUAGGAGUCGAAUCCUCGUCCUCGAUGACCCCGACCUCAGCGCUACGGCCCGGCGAUCUCGUCAUCCCGCGUCGCCAUGGUCUAGGAACUUGGCGAAGUCAGGCUAUUCUCAACUCUGCCGAUGUGAUCCGCCUUUCACCUACGGAGGAUCUCAUCGGUGCAUCGCUCCUUCGCAUGGCAUUCUUGCCUGCCUACCUCCUUGUUGAGGAUGUGAGAGCGCUGAAGCCCGGCGACUGGAUUGUCCAAAACAUAGGAUCUGGGACCAUCGCGCGACUGAUUUCUCAGUUUGCUCGCAUCAAAGGUGUCUAUACUGUCAGCAUUGUACGCGACCGCAGUCUGGGCGCUUUAGAGGCCCUGAAGUCCGACCUGCUGAAAGACGGGGUUGAUGCCGUACUUACCGAGUCUGAUCUCCAAGCACGAGGUGCCGAUGCGCAUCCUGCUCUUGCCGACGCGGCGGGCCGCAAUCGUGUGGCCCUAGCCAUCGAUGGCGUCUUCGGGGAGCCUGGAGAGCGACUCGCGUCUUUGCUCUCACAUGGAGGGACUUAUGUGAACUAUGGAUCCCUUGGCGGGGCGGAUGCGGUCUUGCGUCUUUCGCAGCGCCUCUUAUUCUGGUCUGAGGUCAAGUUCCGCAACUUUCGACUUUCAGAGCAGCUCAGUCAGCGAACACCCGCGCAACUGGAGUCUCUCCUACUCUGGUUUCAGGAUCUCCUGGCUCAGGGUGCACUGGUGACACCCAAGGUGCAAACUAUCCAAGUUCCGAUCUCAGACGAGGGAAGAAACGACUUUGAGCAGAGCAUUAAUGCUGCCGUCUCUUCUGGCUUCGGAGCGGGAGUAGGGGAUGCAAAGCGCGUACUGGGGUUUACCCAUACUUUGGCGAGACACUGA